AUGAAUAACCCUUCUCGCUUUCGAUAAAGUUCGAAUACUUAAAGUACAAAUUAUUUACCUGCUUGGAAACAAAAUGAUUCUGAAGAAAGGAAGAAAUAUCAAAUAAUUCUUCUACCUGUCAAUUAACCAAGAGAGGAUUACAUCAUUAGUUCAAUUUAUUAGAUGUUCAAUACUCAAGACAUAGAAGUCAAUAAACUCAUUUAUUAUUACUUUUAUAAGCUAAAAGAGAGUGGUCCUCAUUAAUUCUUAACAAAUAAAUUAUACUAGGUUUAAUAAGAAGAAUUAGAGUUCUUUAUUCCUUAAUUAGUGUAUAUACUUAUAAAGAAUGAUUCUCCUUAUUUAGAGAAGUUCAUAACAACAUUGUGUAACAAAAGCAUUGCAUUGUAUUAAUUAAUUAAAUGGUGUUGGGUCUCAUAUUCUGACAGGGAUAGAACAGAUAAGAACAAAAUGAAGAGGUUAUAAAGAAUAGAUGAUUAAUUUGAAUAAUCAAUGUUAACAUUAAACAAUGAUCACAAUGCAGUCAAAAUUCCUAAUUUAUAAUUAAAAUCAUACUAAAGUGUUGUAGAUCUUUAUCUAAAUAAUCUGAUCUAAAUGUCCUUGAUACUUAAAACAUAUAAACCAGAGGAAAGAAAGCCAAAAUUAAAAAAUUUUAUCACAAGAGCCAAUGUAGCACUUGAGAAAUAUCGAUUAAAACAUUAAGAAUAUUACUUUUGUUAAGGAAUUACAGUACCUUUUACGAUGAGCAAAGAUUAAAAUGUUGCUGUGCAUUCAAAUUUAGUAGUUAGAAUUAUAGAAGGAGAAUGCUCAUGUUUCAACACAAAAAAAAGGGUUCCCUAUAGAAUAGUUGUAGAAACCAUAGAUCCACAUGAAUUGAAAUAUAAACAACCAAAAAAGACUGCAAAUAAUUCAAUCACCAAUAAUCGAUCAUUAGCUAAUUUAGAUGAUGAUACUAUGGAAGACUUCUUAUAAGCUGAUUUAAAUCAACCAAAUAAAUAGGAAAUAGAAAAAAAAAUGGAGGAACUGGCUAAAAAUAGAAAUAAAAAGGAAUAUGGUGAUCUUAUGAAAAUAACAUAAAAUAAAGAACCAAAAAAUGGAAUGAAAGUAUUUAAAGAUAUGAUGAGUGCUGUUUAUUUAACUAAAAAAGAGAAAACUACAGAGAAUGAAUAAGACUAGGAGUUAAUUUUAAAAGAACAAAUUAUGAAAAAUCUGUAAAUUUAUAAGUAAUGUACAAAUGCAAUAGAGGAAGAGAAAUUCUAAAAAAAUAGACAACGGUUCAAUAUAUUAUUUCCUGAGAAAACUAACGAAAGAACUUAAUCAUGUAUUCCAAAACUAAAUAGCAAAUAUAGAUAGCAAGGUUAGAGAAAGGAUUAAAAUUAUUGGUUAAAGCUAUAUAAGUAGAAUUCAAGAAAUGGAUUUAGGCACAAACAUAAAUCCAUAAAAUAAUUAACUGCCUUAGGGAGAGUCAGAUUCUUUAAAGAGUUGAUAUUAUUUUGUCCCAAAUAAGAAGAGGUUUUAAAAAAGAUAUAUGUGCAUCUUUAAUAUGAUUUGAUUGAGAAAAAAUUAGAAAAAAAUAAAGUAGAUAUCCAUUAGGAUGGAAUAGAAUUACAUAGUAAAUUUGGACCAUGGGAUGACUUAUGGGAAGAUAGAGCUGAAAUGAUAAAGAGAGACAGUCCUUACCAACAUUUUGAAACUUACCGUCUGAAACCUAUUAUUGUUAAAGGAGGAGAUGAUCUAAGAUAAGAACUUAUGACCAUGCAAAUUAUUCAUAAAAUGUAUUAGGCAUUUUAGAGUCAUGGUUUGGAUAUGUAUGUGAAGGCUUAUGAAAUUAUAGUUGUAAGUGCAAGUUCAGGUAUUCUGGAAUUUUGUGCAGAUACUAUUUCUAUUGACGGUUUGAAAAAGAAAUAUCCAGCUUGCAAAUCCCUUGUUCAUAUUUAUAAAGAAAUAUUUCAAUAAGAUUUUGAAGAAGCUUAAAUGAGGUUCAUUUAGAGUCUUGCUUCCUAUUCAAUUAUCAGUUAUUUAUUGUAAAUAAAGGAUAGACACAAUGGCAAUAUUUUAAUUGACAGCAAAGGAAGAAUAAUCCAUAUUGAUUUUGGAUUUAUUCUAUGCAUUUCGCCUGGAAAUCUGAAUUUUGAGAAGGCUCCUUUUAAAUUGACUUAAGAAUAUAUUGACUUAAUGAAUGGAAGAAAUUCUGAUCUUUUUUUAUAUUAUAAGAAUCUUAUGUAUAGGGGAUUCAAAGCACUGCAAGGAUAUGUCGAUGAGAUAAUAAUGAUCAUCGAGGUUAUGAUGUAGGACAGUGACUUGCCAUGUUUCGAGAGAUUUGACAUCAAAGAAUUUAGAGAUCGUUUCAAAGAGGAGGCAAACGAUGAGGAAUUGUAAAAAUAUGUUGACAAAUUAAUUGAUUACAGUGAUAAUAAUUGGAGAACCAUUUAGUAUGAUAAUUUCCAAAGAAUGACCAAUGGUAUAAUGCCAUGA